GGCGGAUAGCUGUGAUUGUGCUGUAUUGUAGUGUAGUGAGAUGUUGUUGUAGUUGUUGUGCAUUUAAACAGCAGCACACAUCUGUGGUGUUCAGGACUCGUGUAUGAGAGUUUAUGGACAGAUAACUGAUCUCAGGACUGACAUCUACACACUUCAGUGAUGAUGACCGCAUCUCUCCGCAUCUGCGCGCUCCUUCUCAUUUGCGUGCUCGUAUCGAAUCUCGCCGAAUCCAAACGGAACCGCGGCGCGAUUCCUCAUCCCGACAAGAACAAUCCCAACGAGUCGGACCAGCAGUCUCGGUCUCAGCCCGGGUCGGGCUCGAGAGGCAGAAGUCGAGGUUCGUCCGUGUCCGCCGAAGAGGUUCUGGAGUCCAGUCAGGAGGCUUUACACGUCACCGAGCGCCGGUACCUGAAGCGGGACUGGUGUAAGACACAGCCGCUCAAACAGACGAUCCACGAGGAGGGUUGCACGAGCCGAACCAUCAUAAACCGGUUCUGUUACGGACAGUGUAACUCGUUUUACAUCCCGCGGCACGUGCGGCGCGAGGAGGGCGCAUUUCAGUCCUGCUCGUUCUGUAAACCCAAAAGAUUCAGCACCAUGACCUUUACCCUUAACUGUCCCGACCAACAACCACCGACCCGCAAGAAACGAGUCCAACGGGUCAAACAGUGCCGCUGUGUUUCCAUCGAGCUGGACUGACAGAGACUGAGAGAGAUCCGAUCUGGACUGAUCCGUGUCAGUAAGAGCACGCACGCGCAGUACAGUACUUAAAGUCUAUACUCAUCUUUUGUUUGAAACAGAAUAAAAUACAUCAAAACAACGAACAAACAAAUCAUUCGUUCACCCAAAAAAAUGAAAA